CGCCUCUCCAGACGCCCGCCCAGUCCGCCGCGGCCUCCCAGCCUCUCCUCCCCCUCGCGCCCGCGACUCCCUGUCUUCGUGUCGCGCCAGUUCCGGCCAUGGGCUCCACCGCUCACCCCGUGGGGAGGUCGCUGCCGCUGCCGCUGCCGCCGCCUCCUCCGUCGCCCCCGUCGCCGCUGCUGUUGCUGCUUCCCCUCCUGCCGCUGUGGGUGGGCCUGGCGGGUCCUGGGGCCGCAGCGGACGGCAGCGAGCCGGCUGCCCGGGUGGCGCGGGGCGGAGCCCGUGCUGUGCGGGUGGACGUGAGGCUGCCGCGGCUGGACGCUCUGGUCCUGGAGGGCGUCAGGAUCGGCCCUGAAGCCGACCCGGCGCCCCCGCUGGGCGGCCGCCUGCUGCUGAUGGACAUCGUGGAUACUGAGCAAGAGGUGCCCGUAGAAGGCUGGAUUGCAGUGGCAUAUGUGGGCAAGGAGCAGGAAGCCCAGUUCCACCAGGAGAAUCAGGGCAGUGGUGCCCAGGCCUAUCCCAAGGCCCUGGUCCAGCAGAUGCGCCGGGCCCUGUUCCUGGGAGCCUCUGCCCUGCUGCUUCUCAUCCUGAACCACAAUGUGGUCCGAGAGCUGGACAUUUCCCAGCUUCUGCUCAGGCCUGUGAUUGUCCUUCAUUAUUCUUCCAAUGUCACCAAACUGUUGGAGGCACUACUGCAGAGGACCCAGGCCAUAGCUGAGAUCACCAGUGGAGAAUCCCUGUCAGCCAACAUUGAGUGGAAGCUGACCCUGUGGACCACCUGUGGCCUCUCUAAGGAUGGCUAUGGAGGAUGGCAGGACCUAGUAUGCCUGGGAGGUAGUCGUGCCCAGGAGCAGAAGCCCCUGCAGCAGCUGUGGAAUGCCAUUCUGAUGGUGGCCAUGCUCCUGUGCACAGGACUUGUGGUCCAAGCUCAGCGGCAGGCAUCACGACAGAGUCAACAGGAGCCUGGAGGCCAGGUGGACCUUUUCAAGCGCCGUGUGGUGCGGAGACUUGCCUCCCUCAAGACCCGGCGCUGCCGCCUGAGCAGAGCAGCACAGGGCCUUGCAGAGCCUGGCACUGAGACCUGUGCAGUGUGUCUGGAUUACUUUUAUAACAAGCAGUGGCUCCGGGUGCUGCCCUGCAAGCAUGAAUUCCACCGAGACUGCGUGGACCCCUGGCUGAUGCUCCAGCAGACCUGCCCACUGUGCAAAUUCAACGUCCUGGGGAACUGCUACUCAGAUGACUAACUGCCCCACUGGGGAUUCUGUGUGCAGGAACAGAGCCUUCCGCUGUAUCCGGCCCUUAGCCUGGGCUCCUGGACAGAACAGUGGAAUGGACAGGGCAGUCAGCCCUACAAGUGGAGGAAGGAUGUGGGUCCCAGCAUACCAUGCUGGGAAGCAGCCCUGGCCAAACAUGCAAGGCCAGGACCCACUAGGCCAGGGUGAGAAGUCACUUUGUGGCCCUUUUCUCCAAUCUUGGGAUAUGUGCAGCUUCUGGGACACUGUAGAGAAAGUAUGGGACCAGUGUAGCCAGGAUCCCUGCAAGCUGGGGUUGCAGUGGCUAUCUUAUGCUUAUUUAUUGGGGGAGGGGUGGACUGAGGAACAGGCUGUCUGGCCUUGGGGCACCCUGGCUUAUCUCUCAAGAUAGUCUUUUAUUUUGUUUUGUUACUGGGGGAUCCAACUCAUGACCUCAUGCUUGCUAGGCAGGCACUUAUGCCACUGAGCUAAAUCCCCAGCCCUCAAGAUAGUCUUAAUUAAGGCUGUUAUGUUAAACCCAGAGACCCCUCUACCACUUGCUGUCCUCGGUCAUUGGGCACUGGGAGUCACAGACCCUGCUGCUGUCCAUCUGGGCUCCCAACCCAGACCUGGCUGGGAUGAGGCCUUAGAAUCUACCCAGUCUUUUACUUCUUGGUUGAGCUGUGUUACUCACCAAGAUACAGUACUUGAAGCCACAGGAUAAAUGUGGUGCAUCUUCCAAGGGCAUCCAUUUUUUUUAAGAGUUGGGAAUGGGAAGUUUUAGUAGUAAAAUAAAAAUGGGUAUAUUUUAACAUAAGAUACAAA